UUGAGCAGGCAAGGACUGAAGAUGAUCUUCGAGUUAGAAGGAAGUCCACGCCCAUCUCGGCAAGUAAAUCAUGUAGUGUCCGAGAACAACGCGAAGCAGAGCAUCAAGGUGAAGAUGAAAGAGAUGGUCCUACAACAGGGGAAGGAGUCAAAAGUGUCGGUCCGCGAUUGCGAUUAGAGUUGAGCGAUCUCGGAUUGACUCGUGAGAGCUCUAGCACUGUCAUUUCCCGACCUGCUUCGGCAUCCUCUAAACGGGGAUUGCGCUCGCUGGAUCACGCUGCUGCAGCCAGUGCAGGAGAGGCUUUAACGUACAACGAAG